GCGCUCUUUCUUUUUCCCAGUCUCUAUGAUAAGUACAGUAAGCAGCGGCUGGGCAACCAGUGGCGCUCUUUCCUGGGCUUGUUUGUUCUCGGUGGUGUGAGCGAAGGCCAGACAGGCAGCGCCAAGGACACCCUGUUUGGGGACCUGCCGUGUGUCAGUCUGCAGUUCCGGGUCCACGUCUCCGGAGUCCGGUGGGGGAUGGACACAAGACCGUAGCAGGGACUGUGAGAGAACCGCUGUCACCCGCCCGUCACGCAGGGCAGAUAGGGUAGGAGCCUGGCAGGUCAUGACUGUGCAUCUGUGAAGCUUGACAGCUGAUUAUCUCUCACAAUGUCUUGGUUUGUUGACUUGGCUGGUAAAGCAGAGGACCUCUUGAAUCUAGUGGACCAAGGAGCAGCAACUGCUUUAAGUAAGAGUAAAGAGGAUGAAGGUAUGUUGGGUAGCGAAUCUGACAAUAACUCGGACAAGCAAAAAGAGAAUUUCCAGAGCUAUGCAAAGCCCAGCUUCAUCUCCUCUGCGGCGGACAAUAUAAAACACCAAAAGGCCACGCUCUUAGCUGGGACAGCCAACGUGAAGAGCAGCAAGAGGAUGAAUACAGAAUUGUCUCACAGCACGUCUGCUAAUCUCUCAUCACACAGGACAACCAACCAGUUUGUUAGACGCAAGAAAUCCGAGCCAGAUGAUGAACUGCUGUUUGAUUUUCUCAAUAGCUCAGAAAAGGUGCACAAUGGGGUUCUGGAGCCUAAAAAAGAGAAUAUCAGAGAGACGUCCCCUGUCAGUCACUCUGGGAGAACAAGCUCACAAAGUAUCAAAACAACUGAAAAUAUUUCCCCUCAGAUCCAAGGAGAUCUGACCGACUCUCCGUCUGUACAGCGUGCGCCGGAAGCUAAAACGCAGGACAGUAAACAACCGGAAGCAGCCUCCAGUCCUGGGCCCAUUAAUGGAGAUCAAAAGUCCCAUGAACUGUCCAAUCUCCGCUUGGAGAACCAGCUUCUGAGAAGUGAGGUGCAGUCUCUUAACCAGGAAAUGGCGACAUUGAUCCAAAGGUCCAAGGAGGCACAGGAAGAGUUGAACGAAGCACAGACGCGGAUAGUGAAGUGGAACGGGGACAAUUCGAAGAGUGACAGGACGGUGAGAGAGCUUCGCGCUCAGGUGGAUGAUCUGACGGAGGCAGCGGCUGCAAAGGACUCUCAGCUGGCAGUUCUCAAAGUCCGGCUGCAGGAAGCUGACCAGUUACUGAGCAGUCGCACAACAACUCUUGAGAAGCUACAAAGUGAGAAAUCAAGGAUUCUUCAGGACCACUCUGAAGGGAGCAGUCUCCACAGCCAGGCUUUGCAGACCACGCAGGAGAGGCUCCGGGAGGCAGAGGCUACUUUACAAAGGGAACAGGACAGCUACAAACAGAUGCAGAAUGAAUUUGCAGCCCGCCUGAGUAAGGUGGAAGCAGAACGUCAGACCCUGGCAGAGUCCAUUGUUACCACAGAGAAGAAGCAGAUGGAGGAGAAGCGGAGGAGUGAUGAACUGCAGCAACAGCUGAAGGCUGCUAGAGCCGCUGCAGAGUCUGUGAAACAGGAAAUGGUGGAUUAUAAACAGAAAGCAACGCGCAUCCUACAGUCCAAAGAAAAACUGAUCAGCAGCUUGAAAGAAGGGUCUGGCAUCGAGGGGCUGGACAGUCACGCAGCCAACAGCAUGGAGUUGGAGGAGAUGAGACAUGAGCGGGACCUGCAGAGGGAAGAGAUCCAGAAACUCCUAGCUCAGAUGCAGCAGCUGAAAGCAGAGUUACAGGAUGUGGAGAGUCAGCAGGUGAAUGAAGCAGAGUCGGCCAGGGAGCAGCUCCAGGACCUUCAGGAGCAGAUAUCGGAGCAAAGAAGAGGGAAGCAGGAGCUUGAGGCAGAGAUGGAGCGCCAGAAACAGGAAUUGCAAUAUACUCAGGAAGAUCUAUACAAGACAAAAACUACUCUGCAAGGAAGGAUCAGAGACCGCGAGGACGAAAUUCAAAAACUCAGGAAUCAGCUCACCAACAAGGCACUGAGUAGCAGCAGCCAAAGUGAGCUGGAGAAUCGGCUACACCAGCUGACCGAGACCCUGAUACAGAAACAGACCAUGCUGGAGAGUUUGAGCACGGAGAAGAACUCUCUGGUCUAUCAGCUCGAGAGGCUGGAGAAUCAGGUGAAGAGCAUGCAAGGAGCCAGCGUGAGCGGUUCCUCCAUCAACAUGUCUGCUGUGGACAGUGGGGAAGGUGCACGUAUGAGGAGUGUUCCGGUGCUGUUUAGCGACACAGACACAAAUGUUGCUGGCAUGUAUGGAAGGGUCAGGAAAGCUGCAACAACUAUCGACCAAUUCAGUAUCCGUCUAGGUGUAUUCCUGAGAAGAUAUCCCAUUGCUCGGGUGUUCAUAAUUAUUUAUAUGGCGCUCCUACACCUGUGGGUAAUGAUCGUUCUUCUUACGUACACACCAGAAAUGCACCAUGACCAUCCUUCUGGGAAAUAGCGGCCAAAGAUCUCGUUUUGUUAGCAGAAUUGCUGCAUUGCAUAGACUCUUGGAGACGGAUCUGUAUAAUAUCAGUAGAGAUCUAUAUUGCCUUUGUAAUCUAGGUAACUGAUUCUUGACAAAUUUAAUUCAAUAGUAAAACAGGCUUCAAAAUCUCUAGAAUAAUAGUUUAUUGGAUUAACGGUCAUUAAAGAAAUAUAUCUGGGGUCACUGCGGAGGAUCUUAUAAAUUCAGAGAAUCCCUCGGGCAUCCAGACGUACGUUGUACUUUGGGCAGUUCUAUUUCCCAUGCUUCGCUGCCAGGAGAAAGUUUGCAGAGUUUUAUUUGUGUGUUUCCUGGCAAACUAAUCACUUACCUGAUUUUAUACUCUGCAUUAUUCACGUUGCAACCCCUCUGCUGCUACAACCCUGCCUAGGACCUUUAGGCUUCAUAGCGCUUCAGGGAUUAGACCAAUCUGCAGCACCCAGGUGAAACUUGAAUGAAUGUGCUAUAUUUUGCCUACAGUCCCGGACACUAAAUGUAAAGUAAAAGACAAAGGGGGGUAUUUAUCAAAGCAUGGAGAGGGAUAAAGAGGAUAGAUUUUAAGAAUUAACCAAUCUGCUUCUAAAUCUCACUUUACAGGCUGUGUUUGAAAAAUGACAGGAGCUGAUUGGUUAGUGUUUAUCUGUCCAUGCUAAAUACCCCCCAAAAAGAAUAUGUUCUUCUUAUCUGUUCAAAAUCCUUUGCACUUGUAAUAUUUUAAAUGUAAAUAGUUUUUUUUUCUUUAAUCUGUUUAAAUAUAACCGUGGGGCUGUCAAAUGACUAGUGCAAUCUUUUAGUAAAUACAUUUAAAUAUUAAUAAAA